AUGAUGCUCAUGGGCUUUACGAUGCUCUUUCCCGAGUCACCUCGCUGGCUUAUCAGCAGAGGGCGUUUUGAUGAUGCCCGCUGCGCUAUGGCUACACUUGCCGGGAAACAGGAUGACCACGAUGAAUCAAUCACAUUGGAAAUUCGAUCCAUCACUACUACUCUCCAAGAGGCCACGAGCUCUGAGCGAGGUUUUGGUCAUCUCUUUAAGCAUGAUCGACAGCGUCUGUUCUAUCGCCUUUGUCUCGCGUUCGGAAUCAACUUCUGUGCCCAGAUGACCGGUGCGAACGUCAUUUCUUACUACGGCAAGACGAUCUUUCAAACGUCGCUGGGCCUCGCGUCUGAGAAAGCAGCCCUUCUUAAUGCCGGGUUAUUAACUUGGAAAAUCGUCGCUGCCUUCUCCGCUUACUUGACUGUUGAUCGUUUUGGGCGCAAGCUGUUGUUCAUCAUCGCCGGCCUGGGGAUGGGGAUCUCCAUGGCCGGUCUGGCAGGCACCGUCUGGGCCAUCCAAAAUCAGGGCAGUUUUGGCGCCUCCGUGGCCGCUACUUUCUUUCUUUUCUUCUUCAUGUGUUUCUUUCCCUUGGGAUUCCUGGGUGCCAACUUUCUUUACUGCACGGAAAUCGCCCCCCAGGAUCUCCGAGUCCACCUGUCUGCUAUCGGGACCGCCACGCACUGGCUCUUCAAUUUUGUCAUUGUGGAGAUCACGCCGAUUGCGUUCGUCACAAUUGCUUGGCGCUAUUAUAUUGUGUAUGCAGUGAUUGGAGUGUUUGCUGGUAUCGUGCCGUAUCUGUGUUUCCCGGAAACGAGGGGCUUUUCCCUUGAGGAAAUGGAGAGGUUAUUCUCGGAGCCAGAGCAUUGGUGGCAGGUUACUGCCUACGCGAUGACCAUGAGGAAGGGAGAUAUAUCGUCUUUUGGGCAAUCUAAGGGAGACAGGGAUGGUGCGGUUGAGCAUGUCGAAUUCACCGAGGCAAAAUGA